AGGAAAAAAAAAAGGGAAAAAAGAAAGGGGGUGACGACAUGAAAAAUUCCGUGAUAUUGCACAUCUUAUACAGGAACAUCCGAUAAAGAGAGAGUUUCAUACUGAUUUAUGCCACAGAGUUCAACCAUGAAUUUUCUUCAUACUCUAUCCACUGUUUUGUUCAUUGUCUCCAUUCAUCCGUUCACUCGAGCGAAACCCGACACAUAUAUCAUCCACAUGGACCCAUCAGCCAUGCCUAAAGCCUUCUCCAGUCAUCACAGCUGGUAUUUCUCAAUGCUUUCUUCCAUAUCAGACACCUCUGAAGCAGCUUCAGCCUCUUCCACCGUUACUUCCAAACAUUUAUACACUUACACUCAUUCUAUCAACGGAUUCAGUGCUACUCUCACCUUAUCGGAGCUUGAAUCCCUAAAGAAAUCCUUUGGUUACCUUUCAUUCACUCGAGAUCGUCCUCUCACUGUCCAUACAACUCAUACUUCUCAAUUUCUUGGUUUAAACUCAGUUUCAGGUGCAUGGACAGCUCCAAAUUAUGGUGAAGAUGUCAUUAUUGGUAUAGUUGACUCUGGAAUUUGGCCUGAGAGUGAGAGUUAUAGUGAUGAGGGGAUGGCUCAAGUUCCCACCAGAUGGAAAGGAAAAUGCGAGUCAGGCACCAAUUUCAAUUCUUCCUUUUGCAACAAGAAACUCAUCGGGGCUCGGUUUUACAACAAAGGGUUGCUUUCUAGCCAUCCUAAGUUAACUAUUCCAAUGAAUUCCCCUAGGGAUAUCAAUGGACAUGGAACUCAUACAUCAUCAAUUGCUGCGGGUAACUCUGCAAAAGGAGCUUCCUAUUUUGGCUAUGCUUCAGGAACAGCUAAUGGCAUGGCUCCACGGGCUCAUAUAGCAAUGUACAAAGUAGUUUGGAGAUAUGGAACAUACACAUCCGAUGUACUAGCUGCAAUUGACCAGGCAAUUCAAGAUGGAGUUGAUAUAUUGUCCUUAUCCUUGGGGUUAAGCGUGGAUAACAAUGUCUUGGAUGAUGAUCCGAUAGCAGUAGCCACUUUCGCAGCGAUGGAAAAGGGUAUUUUCAUAGCAGCAUCGGCCGGAAACGAUGGGCCUUUAUAUUGGUCUUUAGUCAAUGGAGCACCAUGGAUGUUAACCGUGGCUGCUGGUUCUAUAGAUCGUGAAUUUGAUGGAAUUUUGACUUUGGGAAAUGGAGUGCAAAUCACCUUUGAAUCCUUGUAUCCAGGUAAUUUUUCUCGAAACCAAAUGCCUCUCAUUGUUAUGGAUGAAUGUGCAAGCUUGGAGGAACUAAGGCAAGUACGAAACAACAUAAUCGUUUGCAAGGACCAUCUAAGUAUAAGCGAUCAAGUCGAAAAUGCAGAAUCUGCAAUGGUAUCUGCAGCUGUUUUCAUAUCCAAUUACUCUUAUUUAUCUGAACUUCACACUAGAAGCUCAUUUCCAGCAGCAUUUAUUGGCCUUGAUGAUGGUCAAACUGUGAUAGACUACAUAAAGCAGAACAGUGAUCCCAGGGGAAGGUUUCAAUUUCGGAAAACAAGCAUUGGCACAAAACCAGCACCAAAGGUAGAUGCGUAUAGUUCCAGAGGGCCAUUUUUAAGCUGUCCCAAUGUUCUAAAGCCUGAUAUAUUGGCUCCUGGUUCUUUAGUGUUAGCAUCAUGGUCUCCAGUCAGUGAAGUUACUAAAGUCGGAUCACAUCCUUUGUUUAGCAAAUUCAAUCUCUUAUCAGGAACCUCUAUGGCUGCACCCCAUGCGGCAGGCGUGGCAGCACUUGUGAAGAAAGCGCACCCUGACUGGAGCCCUGCAGCCAUUCGCUCUGCCAUUAUGACCACUGCCAAUCCAUUUGACAACAAUUUAAGCCCCAUUAAAGAUGUCUCAAAUUUUAACCAGCCCGCUAGUCCUCUAGACAUUGGAGCUGGCCACAUCAAUCCCAUCAAGGCUCUUGAUCCCGGGCUUGUGUACGAUGCAACACCAGAAGACUACAUGAAGCUGCUGUGUGCAAUGAAUUACACAUCAAAGAAAAUCCGAAUGUUUACGAAGCUAAGUCACGACUGCAUGAACCGGUCCUUGGAUCUUAAUUACCCUACUUUCAUAGCUUUCUUCAAUGAUGAUGGGCUUUCAACUUCAGCUGACAAGUUUGAACAAGAAUUUCAGAGGACGGUAACAAAUGUGGGCAAAGAAGGAAUGGCUUAUACGGCAAAGGUGACAGGCAUGGAUGGUAUAAAGGUGGUGGUGGAGCCUCCGAAGUUGGUUUUCAAGCAGAAAUAUGAGAAACAAAGCUACAAGCUCAGGUUGGAGGGCCCAAAAUUAUUGAAGAAAGAUGUGAUUUUUGGUGCUUUGAGUUGGAGGGAUGAUGCUGGUAAAUACAUGGUAACAAGUCCAAUUAUGGCUACAACCAUCACAUCACAGUAACCCAUAGUUAAAUGCUCUGAUUGGGCCUUAUCCAAUAUGAUGUCAAUUAAGCCCCUGCGUUACUGUAUUAUAUCCCAUUCCAUUUUCUUUUAUUCUGCUACUUUAUUUAUAUUGUGUCUCUGUACAUUAUAUGACUUACAAGAGUAAAGUUAGCCAAAUUUCAUAGCUAAAA